AUGCUCAUCCAUUGCAUCUCGCGCCGCCCAUCACACAUCUUUCCAGCUCUUCUCUUGCUCCUGCUAAUCUACUGGCUUUGCCUCUGGGUGAAGAUGGACCAGAGCCUGCGCCUGGCUGGCACGCCCGCGCGUGUCAUCAUCGGCGGUGGUGUCGCUGGCGAUGCGGCGGGUAACGGACCCAAUUGCAUCGCCGCCGCCGUCGCCACCACUCAACCUGACACCACCGCCGAUGUCCCUGCCGAGAUCAGUGGCGUCGGUGCUGUUGCUGUUGCUGCUGCUGUUGCUGCUGAGAAGCCUGACAAGGCCGAGAAGACUGAGGAGAAGACCGAGGAGGCCGGCGACAAGAAGAAGCAGAAGAAGGAAAAGAAGGAGGAGGCUGCUGAGAAGAAGGUCGUCGCUAAAGAUGUCGAAGCGUGGUGGAAGCAGCAAAAUGGUUCGCGUUCUGAGGAAAGCCCAGACCCGACAGACAACCUCGACUACAACUCAGCCUUCAGCUUGGCCCGCAUCUUCUCCAGCUCGCGCGCCUUGACCGCCCGGGCCGGCGACAAUCACAAAAACAACACCACCGUAUCGCGAUACCCAGACCAGAAGCCUCGCGCACCGAAUCCUCGCUCUGCCGGGCCAUUUGCUCCCGCCUUCAGCGGCGGCUGCAGCAGUAUUUUGUUAAGGGUGAAGUUUGCCGAUGGGUGUUGGUAG